CAGGCCAAUUUAUAACACUCUCUCUCUCUCUCUCUCUCUCUCUCACAUCCCUUCUUCUUCACAAAAAUUCCGGCGAAACUCGGCAAUCCACCACCACUACCACCGCCGCAGCCCCUCCUUUUCUCAUUAUUAUCGGGCGAUCGACCAGCACGUCAGCUCCCGCCGCUACAGCCGUGGACUUGUGCUAGCCGCCCUUUUCUCAGCCUACACGCUACAACAUCAAAGAGGCCUUAUUCCUAUUUGUUUAUAAGGUCACUAGAAGAUUUGGAUUAGAGGUAAUAGGAGCUCUCUGGAAAAGAAUGACCUUUGCCUUUUGGUUUGAGGAUUCACAAUGUCAGGGGUACUAAGUUCUGGUUUGAAUGGAUCGAAUUCAAAUAUUCCGGAUAAUGCUGGAAGAGCUUUUGCAACUUCCUUUUCUGCACAAUCAGGUUCAUCUGGAGCUGCCUUAAACCAGUCCGGUGCAGGUAAUCUUCAGGGGCUUCACAAUAUCCAUAAUAGCUUUAGCCUGUCAAACAUGCCCGGGCCUUAUGCAUCAAGAAAUUCGGGAAAUAUUGGUGGUCUUCCAAAUGGUGUUCAACAAGCUCCAGGAAGCGUGUCUAAUGGGAGAUAUGGAAUAAAUAGUCUCCCUAAUGCAAUUUCUCAGCUAUCUUUGGGAAGUUCACAUGGACAUUCAGGUCUUAAUAAUACAGGGGGCCCAGGUGUGCUUCCAAAUAUGGGAAAUACAGGAAGAAUUGCAAAUACUAUUGGUGGUCUUGUGGGCGGGGGCAAUGCUUCAAGGGGGUCAAGCUCUACGGGCGUUGGAAACAUCCCUGGUCUUGCUUCGCGUUUGAAUCUGACAGCUCCGCAGGUGGUAUCCAUGCUGGGAAAUUCUUAUUCUGGUGCUGGUGUGCCACUUUCUCAAAACCAAUUUCAAGCUGGGAAUAAUAGUUUUAGUUUUAUGGCAUUACUAAAUGAGUCAAAUGCCCACGACAAUGCUACUUUUGAUGUAAAUGAUUUUCCUCAGCUAUCAGGGCGUCCCCCUUCAGCUGGUGGCUCUCAUGGUCAAAUAGGUAUGAUGCAAAAGCAUAACAUCGGUUUUGGUCAACAGAACCAAGAAUUCAGCAUCCAAAAUGAAGAUUUCCCUGCUUUACCGGGAUACAAAGGCGGUCUUAAUGUUGGUGGUAGUGCUGAAUAUACCAUGAAUGCUCACCAAAAAGAACAAAUUCACGACAAUAUGACAAAUUUAAUGCAGCAGUCUCAGCAAUUAUCUAUGGGGAGGUCUUCUGGUUUUAAUUUUGGUGGCUCAUAUUCAUCACAUCAUCCUCAACAACAUCGUGCUUCCUCAAUAAAUGGAUCAGGGGUUUCCUAUCUAACAUCGGGCAACUCAGAUCUUCAUUUUCAUGGUCCUGAGUAUCAGCAAUUUCAGCAGUCCCAAUCUCGUUUCAUAAAUCCAUUUAGAGAUAAAGACAUGAAAGCGACGCCGGGAUCCCAAAGUGCACUGGAUCAAUAUGGGAUUGUUGGUCUGUUAAGCGUCAUAAAAAUGGUAAAGCCAGCUUUGAGCACUCUUGCUCUGGGACUUGAUCUGACGACCCUAGGUUUAAAUUUGAACUCAUCUGAGACUCUUAACAAGAAAUUUGCAUCCCCGUGGUCCGAUGAACCUGUCAGAGGAGAACCUGAGUUCAGUGUGCCGGAGUGCUAUUAUACUAAACAGACUCCUCCUUUAAAGGGGGAAGAAUAUUAUUUGUUACCAUGCUCUCUAAGGGUGUUUUAUUUGUAUUUACAGCAAACCUAUUUCGCAAGAUUCCGUCCAGAAACAUUAUUUUACAUCUUUUACAGCAUGCCAAAAGAUGAGGCACAACUUUUUGCAGCAAACGAACUGUACAACAGAGGAUGGUUUUUCCACAAAGAUCUGAGGCUCUGGUUUACGCGGGUGAAGAAUAUGGAACCUCUGGUCAAAACAAACAGUUACGAGAGGGGUUACUACUUCUGUUUCGACCCCAAUCUGUGGCAAACAGCAAGAAAGGAUAACUUUGUCCUGCAAUAUGAAAUGGUUGAGAAAAGACCUGCGCUACCUCAGCAAUAACCGUAUUAUUCUCCCAGUCUCCCUCGCUGUCUAAUCCGCUAUUUGGAGUUGUAUACAUCAUAACAGAGAAUAUUGUUCCCGUUUUGGGUGAUGUUCGAUGUGCCACCUCUCGGAGGAGCAUGUCAUGAUAGAGUAAAUUUCUGUAAUAUGAUAUGUCGCCUCUACGAGCGUGUCAUGAUAUUAGAUAUGUCGCAGUGCAGGAUAGAGUAAAUUUCUGUAAUCUGAUUCUGAUAUUGUGUUUAUUUGGCUGAAUUUUGUGAAGGAAAAGAUGUUAUGUUAUUCCAA